UUUGGACGUCCCGUGAAGAAGUCAAUCCCUCGGCGUCAACAGUGGAGCAGACAUUAGACGACCAGCAGCUGUUUGUCAAACCAACACGUUUCACUUGUUCUCCUUUUGUGCGAGCGUACAACGCCUUUUAUUUUUUAUUCGUCGCGUUAUUUGGGGGGGAUCGUUCGCCCCGAGAGAACCGCGAGAAAGGGCGAGAAGUGACGACGGGGGACUUGUGAGACUUGGACAAACAAUCCCUCUUCCUCCUCCUCUACCUUCUUCUUGUCUGCUCACUGUUUGCUGGGGAAGAAGAACAUUUUCCCACCUGCCUGAAGAAACAUGAGCUUUCUUUUCGGAAAUCGCGCCUCCAAGACGUUCAAGCCCAAAAAGAACAUCCCGGAGGGCUCUCAUCAGUACGAGCUGUUGAAACAUGCCGAGGCCACGCUGGGGAGCGGCAACCUGCGCAUGGCCGUCAUGCUGCCCGACGGCGAGGACCUCAACGAGUGGGUGGCAGUCAACACUGUGGACUUCUUCAACCAGAUCAACAUGCUGUACGGGACCAUCACAGACUUCUGCACGGAAGAGAGCUGCCCCGUCAUGUCUGCCGGUCCAAAGUACGAGUAUCACUGGGCCGACGGGACCAACAUCAAGAAGCCGAUCAAAUGCUCCGCCCCCAAGUACAUUGAUUACCUGAUGACCUGGGUGCAAGACCAGCUUGAUGACGAGACGCUCUUCCCCUCCAAGAUCGGUGUCCCCUUCAAGCGCAACUUCAUGUCGGUGGCCAAGACCAUACUGAAGCGCCUGUUCCGCGUCUACGCUCACAUCUACCACCAGCACUUCGACUCUGUCAUGCAGCUGCAGGAGGAGGCCCACCUCAACACGUCCUUCAAGCACUUCAUCUUCUUCGUCCAGGAAUUCAACCUCAUCGACAGGAAAGAGCUGGCGCCGCUUCAGGACCUGAUCGAGAAGCUGACCACGAAGGACAGAUAAACGCCCACGCCCUCCUUCUUUUAACGGUCUUCUAGUUUUGCACAGACACUCCUCCCUCCCCUCCCCCUUUUCCUCUUUGGCUGUAUGUAUGCAGUAUAAACUAUAUUUCCAUUUGGGGAAAUGUUUUUAAUGAGGCCCGGGACGCCGAAAAUGGGUCGUGAUGGGUUUAACGCACCGGGAGGCUUCAUCUUAUCAGGGAGUCAAAUGAACAAAAAAAACAAAAAAAAACAUGUUUUAUGGUAACGUUCCACCUAGCUUUAUGUGACAGUUGUUGCAUAUUCACAUUUGCUCUCCCAUAGGAACCAUUCUCUCAGAUUACCACAAUAUUAGAGUGUUAAGGUAGUAUUUUUCUUAAGGUGAGGGGACAACGCCAGCCUCAAAGCCAUUCCAAGAGCAGCGGCAUUUCCUUCAUUCAGCCGAGUAGUUUGCUGCUUGCGAGUACCGCAUCCUAAGUGCCUGGCCUGGCUCGCUCCGGCCCGGCAUACACAGUGAGAACUGUAAGACGGCCACACGACUUGAUUGACAUGUGAAAUAUACACCCGUUUUGGUUCCCACUUCCUGCCCCUCUUUGUCUCGCCGCUGGAAUUAACUCAAAGUACUUUUCAUUGUUUCAUUGUUUAUUACGAGAAAAGAUGCUGUUAUUUUUUUUAGCGUAGUUAGUUUAGUCAGUAAGUUCACUGGUUCUGAGUUUUCACUUUAAAGGGAAACUGCACUUUUUUGGGGAAUUGUGUAUAUUAUUCACAAUCCUUAUGUAAGACAAAAACACAUACCGGUAUGUUUUUUUUUUUUUGUUUUUUUUCAAAAGUCAGCUAACAAUGUAGCUAAAGGUAUUAGCUUUAUUUUGCUUAUAAAGCGCUCUAAAAAAAAAUCCAAAAAUCUCCAUCAACCACUUAUAUACACGCUGUCAGUAUGUGUAUAUGUAAUGUAGUAUCAGACGCAUUAAUAAUAACAUGUAAUAUUUGCUCAUUUUAAGCAUACAACUAUGUAUUAAUUUCACAGUCGCAUUCCAACGUUUGCUUUUCCUUCAACAACUAUGACGAAUCACAGCAGACUUCGUGAGAGACUUUGAAACAAAUGAUGAUCCAGAACCUUAUAUUUUUGAGCCUUAAUAAUAACAUGUAAUAUUUGCUCAUUUUAAGCAUACAACUAUGUAUUAAUUUCACAGACGCAUUCCAACGUUUGCUUUUCCUUCAACAACUAUGACUAAUCACAGCAGACUUCGUGAGAGACUUUGAAACAAAUGAUGAUCCAGAACCUUAUAUUUUUGAGCCUGAAUAUACGGAGGAUGAUCUACAAAUUUUAGAAGCAGAGUGACAAGUACAUCCAGCAAGUAGCAGUAUUCCUAAGUGCUAAACAAGAAAUACAAACCAGAAACAUAAUAAAACAUUCACUUACUGUACAAUGUCUGUUCUCACUGGGAUGCCGACAGAUGGGAUGUUUAUAUCUUCCGGUUUGGAUGAAGAAAUAAUCCUAAUCCUCACGCUGGUAAAAGGAAAAAAAUCGAAACAAGCAUAUUUUACUGUCUUUCUUGUAUAAAUUAGGUGUCAAAGUUGACCAACUUUUUGGUUUAUGGCCACAACCUUCUACUAUCCAGGUGAGAGGCAUGAUUUGUAAUGUAGACUGAACCAUUACCAGUUCUUUAUGUCAAUAUAGCAGCGUAAGCUAGUUAGCGCUCUGUGAGGUCAAGAUUUAUUCAAAUAGCACAAUUUUAAAACAGACUACUGCCCCAAAGUGCUGUACAUAUUAAAACAGAAAGGUAAAAGAUUAAUAAUAGUCAAAAUCACAAUAAGUACAGAACAAUCCAUUGAUAAAACAUAGUUAAAAUACAUUAAAACAGUGGGGGG